AUGAGAGGCCACCUGUGUCCAGACUGGACAGGAAGGUUAGGCAAUAUCAUGUUUCAAUAUGCGUCACUCUUUGGAAUAGCAAAACGAAAUGACAUGGUGUUGGCUAUCCAUGAAGACGAUGAAAUAACCUCUGUCUUUGACAAUUUAGCAAAAUUCAAACAUGUAUUAUUUUUAGCGUACACUGCUUACUAUUGGAAAGAUUUGUUAUGGCGUGAAAAAUAUGUGGUCGGAAGUGACGUUGUUCGUAUGCGCCCGGUUUCUCCUGAAGUUGACAUGUGUGUUUUAUCUAAAUGCAACCAUUCUAUAAUGACAGUUGGAUCAUUUGGCUGGUGGGCGGCAUGGUUGGCUAAUGGUACAGCUAUCUAUUAUAAGAAUGUAGCUAAACAUAAUAGUUCUUUUAGAAACGAUUUUAGUGCAGAUAUGACUGAUUAUUUUUAUCCGGGAUGGAUAGGAUUCUAA